CCACCCACACCACUCCCUCUCCACAACUCCUGCCUUCAUUUGGCUCCGACAGGCGGGAAGAGCGCGGGGCCUCAUCACGUUCCUGCGAGAAAAACAGCGUCGCAUUUGAAUGAGCUGUCUCUGGAAUCCCCUCCGAGCCGCCCCCUUCAGACCGAACACGUGAGGAGAAGAAAGGGCAGGACUAAAGCAUCAGCUCUGCGGAUAGAACCUCAGAGAAACCUCCCAGAGAAGAACCCAGGCUCAUCCUCCCGCAGCUGCUGUAGCCUCUCCUCUCUCUGCAGACCCCUGUCCUUGAAAACAUCUCCUCUUAGAUCGAGCAUAUCCGAGGCGACGGUGACAGGAGUGUGAAAAAGCCAAGAGAGGGAGAGGACGAAGGGAAGCUACAAGCACCCGGAGACAGAGGGUGUGACGGGGGAGGAUGGAGGCCCUGCUUCCUGUGCUGAGGAGUCGCCCAGGCCUCUCAGUGCUGGUGAUCUCACUGAUUUUCAGGGUGGUACACAAACUUCUGCAAAGACUGCCUGUGCCCAAGGUGGUGAGGCACGAUGACUUCCGCUUCUGGAAGUGGAAGAACCUCUCUGUCUCUAUGGUGCACUCCCUGCUGACUGGAACAUGGGCCCUGACAUGUGUCCUCGUGUGGCCCGAGACGCUGACGGACCUCCACUCCUACCACACGCCACUGUCUUACCUGCUUGUCUGCGUCUCAACAGGGUACUUUGUGCAAGACGCGGGUGAUAUCAUCUUGACGGGACAUGGAAGAGGAUCAUGGGAAUUCCUACUCCAUCAUGCGCUGGUGAUCUCGUGCUUCCUGUACGCCCUCUUCACUCAGCUGUACGUAGCCGGCGCCGUCAUCGCCCUCUUCGUGGAGGUCAACAGUGUCACGCUGCACCUGAGGCUGAUGCUGAAACUGUGCGGUGCUCAGUCGUCCUCCAUGUUCCACAUCAACAAAUACGUCAACCUCUUCACCUACGUGGUCUUUCGUCUGGGCACACAGUUGUACCUCUCCCGGUAUAUCUUUCACAAUUACUCCUGGAUGGACCGUGGUGGAUUCUUCCUCUUCAGCAUGAUGAUGAUGAAUAUCAUGAUCCUGAUUUAUUUCUACCGCCUGAUCCGUGCUGACUUCUUCCCUCGGAGUAAGAGCCACGUGGGACAGAACGGGACUCAUAGCAGCAACUCCCAAAAGUUCCUCACUGAUUGAUCGGAGGAAGGUUUACGGGACUUCAUUGCGAUUUUUAUUCAGGGCGGGAGUUUACAAAUGUUCCCUUUUUUUAAACUAUAACUGACACCGUUCCUCUCUGCCAAAGCACAACCCCCCAAGAAUAAUACUUACUGGUGGAAUAAGAAGCAGCCUUGUUCAGGGUUUGAUUUCUACAGAUGUUGGAGAGUCAGCGAAUUGGAUUUUUAGAAGGAGAACUCUGAAAAUCAAGCAACAUUUCACUGACCAUUAAGAUGUUACCGCUUUUAACAGAUUAAAAGAUCUUCGAGAAAGACAACAACUUGUUUUUGUACACAUUAAAUGAAAGACCCAAACGUUAGCUAUUCUUCUUCAAAGAAUGUAGCACUGGCCAGGAAGCAGUUAGCUGAUAAUAAAUUAUCUUGGUUUUACUUAUUUUACUUGAGAAUAAAAGGUUUGAAUGACGAAUAUUCAGCUUUACUAUUUUCAACUUGAAUAUGGAUAUGUGGUGAACGCAGCAUUUGUGUACAAAUACAAGAGUUGCAUCGAUAUUCUCUUUCAGCUCUCAGAUAGAAGUUUUGUUUAACACGUACGUUUUGAAUUGUGUCAUUGCAUUUAAGAUUUGCUGACGACCAAGCCAUACAUCUUUAACAUUUUAAAUUGUCUAGAAUAGUAGUAUUUUGAUGGAGGGAAAUAGAGCCUGUAAAAAGUGGGUAAUGUUAUCAAACCCUUUAAAGAAAUUUAAAUGAGGUUUGAUAUUUUACAGUUUAACCAAAAACUUAUAACUGAAAAGGAAAAGAAAACACAAAUAAAACCAAAGAUAUAGAAGUUGAAUUAGGAUAUUACGUAAGAUAAAGAUAUAAAUACAUAUCUUUGCUGCAUUGUUUUAUUCAAUUCAAAUAAAAGUUUGCAUUUCAUGUUGGUGCAUGUCAGGAAAUUCAAAACAGUGAUAUCCCAUAUGUCUGUGAAAGGCUCAUCUGGCUCUAGUAGGAAUAUCAGAGGGACAUGGGAGAACCCUUCAUAAAGAGCAGGCAGCAGCACAAUCAGGGCUGAUACCACGUUACAGGCUCGAUGUGGAGGGACAGAAGAACAUCUGCACAGUUUGUGCUUGAUUCAGAAGUAAUAGUACUUUUACAGAUUCUAUCGUUUUUUUCAAGAUAUCAAAAGACGAUAUUCUGAUGAGUCAUUUUACUUUACUCAAAAGCAGAUCUAUAGCAUUUUUUUAAAUGAAUGUGGAUUCCUUUUAAUAUUUUAAAGGAUGACACAAGUGCCAAGCAUCGAACCAUUAGUGGCCUCAAAAUGCAGGUUUUUCGAAUCAUGACAAAAAAACGUAAAUGUGUUGACAGUGACUUUUCAAAUAAUGAUCAGUACAUUUCAUUUUCCAUUUCAUCCGUCGGCAACAAAAUCAGACAGCGAUGUUUGGACACGUCUGAGCUGUGCUACAGUGCCUUCACCGCAGUGCCUUUUAAAAACAUAGAGACAUAAAGACACAGUGGGUUACAGAUGAUGUAACCCACAUGAUAUGUGUGUCGGUGUUUGUACAAGCUGAGAGAUUAUUGUGCUUAACUAACAUUAAAUAUAUUAAACAAUAACUAGGGCCCGAGCACAGACAGUAUGAAGGCGCGAAUGCUUUUAUUUCAUUAUUCAGGAAAAUGAGUCAAAGUUUUGACAGCUGGAAUGUACUCGAAAACUCACCAAACCUCAAGGGAACAUCAGGCCUGAUGAAAAUGUACGUAUUGUGGAGUAUUUCAAAAUGGGCGUGGCAAAAUGGCUCAACAGCUUCCCCCGAAAAAGCAUAAAUUCCGUCUGGUUUUACCGAUUAUCACGAAAUUCGGGAAAAAAAGGUCUGUGGCACCAAUUUGAGUAAUGUCACAGGAAGUCUGACAUUUUGGAUUUGUGGCUAUUUUAACGAACCCGUCCUACGGCUUUCAUCAGAUCAACUUCAAAUUCUUCAUCUUAACAAGUUGGAGAUUAAAACUAACUCAAGUUGAGAGUUUUCAUCAAACAGUUUGACUGCGGCUUGGCGACAUAUUUUUAUGAAUUUUUAUGAACAAGAAGUGGUAGUGAUAGCACCACCUUCUGCCAAAAGGAGGUUUACAACUUUAAUUUGAUUUACACAAAAUAUUCACUGCGCUUGAUGUUGGGGACCUUAAUACGUGAUUAGUGGGUGUGGUCCAGCGCUGCCUUCUGGACGCAGGAAGUGACGUGUUUACCCUUCCCGUGAUACACAAAACGCACACAACACAGCCAUUUUCACAUCAGGUCCUGAGAUCGCAAGUAUGCGGGCCCACACAGCGUAUCAUGUAUCUUGUAUUAAAGUGACAACUGUUUUAGGAGCCUUGUAUUUUGGAUUGCUGAGUGAAACCAUGAAUUAAAAAAGUAUUUAAAAUCA